CUCCCGUCACGUGACGCGGCGCUGGGGGUCACGUGGGACGGCGGCGGCGCCGUCAUGGCGGCCAUGGCGGCGGAGAAGGAAGCGGAGGCGCAGCGGUUGCUGAACGAGGCCGAGCGGAAGGUCCGGGGGGCUCAGUCCUUCCUCGGGGGCCUCUUCGGGGGCUCCUCGCGGCUGGAGGAGGCCGCCGAGUGCUGCACCCGCGCCGCCAACCUCUUCAAAAUGGCCAAAAACUGGAGCCAGGCAGGGGCAGCGUUCUCCCGUGCAGCCCAGCUGCAGCUGCAGCUCCAGAGCAAACACGACGCCGCCACCAACUUCGUGGACGCCGGCAACGCCUUCAAGAAGGCCGAUCCACAGGAGGCCGUCACGUGCCUGCUCCGCGCCAUCGAGAUCUACACGGACAUGGGCCGUUUCACCAUCGCCGCCCGGCACCACGUGGCCAUCGCUGAGAUCUACGAGAGCGACCUGCUGGACAUUGAGAAGGCCGUGGCGCACUACGAGCAGGCGGCCGAUUACUACCGAGGGGAGGAAUCCACCAGCUCGGCCAACAAGUGCCUGCUGAAGGUGGCGGCGUUCGCGGCGCAGCUCGAGCAGUUCCCGCGCGCCAUCGACAUCUACGAGCAGGUGGGCUCGGUGGCCAUGGACAGCCCCCUGCUCAAGUACAGCGCCAAGGAGCAUUUCUUCAGGGCCGCCCUCUGCCACUUCUGCGUCGACAUGCUCAACGCCAAGCUGGCGGUGCAGCGCUACGAGGAAAUGUUCCCGGCCUUCUCCGACUGCCGCGAGUGCAAACUCAUCAAGAAGCUGCUGGAGGCUCACGAGGAGCAGAACGUCGACGCCUUCACCGACGCCGUGAAGGAGUUCGACUCCAUCUCGCGGCUGGACCAGUGGCUGACGGCGCUGCUGCUGCGCAUCAAGAGGAGCAUCCCGGCCGACGAGCAGGACCUGCGCUGACAGCGCCCCAAAAGCACCCCACAUCACCCAAAUCACCCCAAAAACUGCCCCAAACCGCCCCCAAAACCGCCUCCAAAAUGUGAUAAAAACGUGUUAAAAAUACCCAAAAAUACACCGGAAAGUUGUUAAAAAUGCCCCCAAAAACAUCCCCGAAACCACCCCAAAAUCAGCCCCAAAAUCUGCUAAAAACACCCCAAAAAUAGCCCAAAACCGCCUCGAAAAUGUGAUAAAAAGGUGUUAAAAAUAACCAAAAAUACACCAGAAAUUUGGUGAGAAUACCCCAAAAACAUCCCCGAAACCACCCCAAAAUCUGCUAAAAACGCCCCAAAAAUAGCCCAAAAACUGCCCAAAACCGCCUCAAAAACGUGAUAAAAACGUGUUAAAAAUACCCAAAAAUACACCGGAAAUUUGGUGAGAAUACCCCCAAAAACAUCCUCGAAACCACCCCAAAAUCAGCCCCAAAAUCUGCUAAAAACACCCCAAAAAUACUCCAAGAACAGCCCAAAACCACCUCAAAAAUGUGAUAAAAACAUGUUAAAAAUACCUAAAAAUACACCGAAAAUCUGUUAAAAAUACCCCCCAAAAAUUUGUUAAAAAUGUCCCCAAAACCACCCCAAAACCACCUCAAAAAUAGGCUAAAAAUACCCCCCAAAAAAUGAUAAAAAUACACUAAAACUUUGUUUAAAAUACCCCAAAAACACCCCAAAAAAUGCUAAAAAUACACCCAAGAACACCCCAAAAAUUUGUUAAAAAUAUGCUAAAAAUACCCAAAAAUUUGUUAAAAAUAUGCUAAAAAUACCCAAAAAUACACCAAAAAAAUUUGUUAAAAAUACCAAAAAAACAAACACCCACAAAAUCUGCUAAAAAUAGCCCAAAAUUAGCCCAAAACCACCCCCAAAAAUAUCCCAAAAAUUGGCAAAAAAAAAUCUUCAAAACCCCCCCAAAAUACCCCAACAAACUCCCAGAAAUACUCCAAAACUUGGCGAAAAAUAUCCCCCAAAAUCACCCCAAAAAGAGGCUAAAAAUGUGCUACAAAAAAUCCCAAAAAUACCCCAAAAAUAGGUUUGAACUAAUCCCAAAAAUAACCCAAAAUUUUGUUUGAAAUGUGUUAAAAAUACCCCCUAAAAAUAGCCCAAAAAAUCCCAAACUCAGCCCAAAACUACCCCAGAAAACACUAAAAAAAACACCAAAAUCCCCCCAAAAAUUGCCUUAAAAAUAUCCCCAAAAAAACCCCCAAAAAUAACCCCAAAAAUUGAAAAACAUCCCCCAAAUUCGCACCCAAAAAAUCCCAAAAAUCCCCUAAAAGUCAACCCCAAAAAAUCCCCAAAAGUCAGCUCAAGGAAACCCCAAAAAUCCCCCCCAAAAGGACUCAAAGCACCCCAAAUAUCCGCCAAAAAAAAAGCAAUAAAACCCCAAAAUCCCCCCAAAAAUGCUGCAGAAAUUCCUCCCAAAAUUCUCCGCAAAAUUUCCCCUGAAAUCCCCAAAAUUCCCCCAAAAAGCUGAAAAAAAUUCCCCAAAAUUUCCCUAAAACAUCCCCAAAAUUUCCCCCCCAAAGCCCCAAAAUUCCCCAGCCCUCCCCCCCCCCCCCCCCCGGUGCCUUUUGGAACAUUCCUGGCCCCGCCCCCGCACCCCUGGCACCGCCAUUAAAUAUUCAUGGCCUUGGGAGUGAGGGCGUGGCCUCGUUUUGAGGGCGUGGCUUUGUUUCUAAAGAGCAUAAACUCA